UGUGGCGGUAGGUUGACCGCGAGCUGUCGAAACGAAGCCUUCACGCGAGCAGUCCACAAUUUUUACGGGUCUCAGUCGUGUACUGUACUUGUAUUGGCUGCCUCCCUCCCGCCCUCAUCAUCUCCCUCGUCGGACUGUCCGCUUCGGAAUGACUCGGUCGACAGGAAUGCAGCACUGGUUUACAUGAGCAUCCGGACGCUAUAUUGCAAUCUUGGAUUUAUUCUGAGAACUUUUUACAAUCACAGUACAUCCGUUGGAUAUUGCACUGGUGUCGUUUUCAGAGAAGCGCUUGAAUCAAACCGGGGUUUUGCAGGUGUUAACGCCAGGUUAUGCAGCCGCUAUAGCAGCCCACGUCAGGGAUUGCUCCUCUGGUUCCUCCUCGGAGCUUUUAUUGUUGCCGGCUCGUCCUAGCAGCUUGUGUGCAAGCAGGGGGCGAAGAUGGGAUUGCCCGCCCUGGAGUUCAGUGACUGCUACCUGGAUAGUCCGCAGUUCAGGGAGAGACUCAAGUCUCACGAGUUAGAGCUGGACAAGACCAGCAAGUUCAUCAAGGAGCUCAUCAAGGAUGGCAAGGCGCUCAUCCAGGCGCUCAAAAGUUUGUCCACGGCCAAGAGGAAAUUCGCCGACUCGCUCAACGACUUUAAAUUCCAGUGCAUCGGGGACGCCGAGACGGAUGAUGAGAUAUGCAUAGCCAAGUCUCUUCAGGAAUUUGCAGCUGUUCUCCAAAACCUGGAGGAUGAGAGGACACGGAUGAUUGAAAACGCCAAUGAUGUGCUCAUUAUGCCUCUGGAGCGGUUCAGGAAAGAGCAGAUCAGCGCAGCUAAGGAAGCCAAGAAAAAGUACGACAAAGAGACAGAGAAGUAUUGUGCAGUACUAGAGAAGCAUUUGAGUCUUUCGGCAAAGAAGAAAGAAUCACAUCUGCAUGAGGCGGACAACCAGGUAGAUCACGUGCGGCAGCAUUUCUAUGAGGUUUCUUUGGAGUAUGUCUUCAAAGUGCAAGAGGUCCAAGAGAGGAAGAUGUUUGACUUUGUGGAGCCCCUGUUGGCUUUCCUCCAAGGCCUCUUCACCUACUACCACCACGGCUACGAGCUGGCAAAGGACUUCAACCACUUCAAGACGGACCUUACAAUCAGCAUACAAAAUACGCGGAAUCGUUUCGAGAGCACGAGGUCCGAGGUGGAGAGUCUGAUGAGAAAGAUGAAGGAGAAUCCACAUGAGCACAAGAGCAUCAGCCAGCACACGAUGGAGGGAUACCUUUAUGUGCAGGAGAAGCGCUCUUUUGUGUCUACCUGGGUGAAGUACUACUGCACGUACCACAGGGAGCCAAAGCGGGUCACCAUGGUCCUGUUUGACCCGAAAUCAGGCGGCAAAAUUGGUGAUGAGGAGAGCUUCAUCCUCAAGUCCUGCACCAGGAGGAAAACAGACUCGAUUGAAAAAAGAUUUUGCUUUGACGUGGAGGCCGUGGACAGACCGGGAAUGAUUACAAUGCAGGCUCUGUCAGAGGAAGACCGCCGGUUGUGGAUGGAGGCCAUGGAUGGGAGAGAGCCAGUGUACAAUCUCAACAAGGAUAACCAGACGGAAGGCAUGGCCCAGCUUGAUGUGACUGGUUUCAACGUGAUGAAAAAAUUUAUUUACGCUGUGGAGACUCGAGGUAUUGACGAGCAAGGUUUGUACAGAAUCGUCGGCGUCAGCUCUCGAGUGCAGAAGCUAUUGAGCCUCGCCAUGGAUCCAAAGACAUGCGCUGAUGUGGAGCUGGAAAACCCAGAGUGGGAAAUUAAGACGAUCACGAGUGCGAUCAAGCACUAUCUCAGGGUUCUGCCUGCACCUCUCAUGACAUAUCAGUAUCAGAGGAGUUUCAUCAAAGCUGCCAAGUUGGACAACCCCGAGGCCAGGGUGACAGAGAUCCACGGUCUGGUGCACCGACUGCCUGAGAAGAACCGGCAGAUGUUGGAGCUGCUCAUGAAACAUCUGUCCAAUGUGGCCAAUCACCACCAGCACAACCUGAUGACUGUGGCCAACCUGGGCGUGGUUUUUGGGCCGACUCUACUCCGCCCACAGGAAGAGACGGUGGCAGCCAUCAUGGACAUCAAGUUCCAGAAUAUUGUCGUUGAGAUUCUCAUCGAGCACCACGAGAAGAUAUUCAAAGAUGCGCCAAGUUCCGCUGGUGCUUCAACCAACUCUCAGCUUAACCAGACCAGGAGGAGAAGCACUGAGAGCAAAGUUCCGUCCUGCAUUGAAAGACCUCUCACACUCUUCCAGACACCAACACAUUCUCUUAAAGUUGAGAAGAGGAACAGUGUCAUCAGCGCCGCAGUGGGCGAGCCACAGCAGGCCUUGUCGUCCUCCACCAAUUGCAACAGCACCAGCAGCAGCAGUAGCAGCAGCAGUAUCGGCGGAAGCCAAGGUCUGACACCCAGACACAGCCUUACCAGCAACGACGGCGAGCAUGACACCAGGCACGGCCGUCCCAGCUCACUGUUGAACCCCAAAACGCGCAGCAGCAUGCCAGCAUGUGCAUUAUCCUCCAGUCCAAACUCACCACGGUCUCCAUCCUGGCCAAUGUUCUCAGCACCGUCCAGUCCGCAGCCGGUUUCUUCAGCGUCCAGCGAUUCGUCCCCAAUCAGCAUUUCUGGCAAGCGAGCUCGGGCACUUUACGCCUGCAAGGCGGAGCAUGACUCCGAGCUGUCCUUUAUUGCUGGCACGAUCUUCGACAAUGUUCAUGCCUCCAGAGAGCCGGGCUGGCUGGAAGGAACGUUGGAUGGCCGAAUAGGACUGAUUCCUCAGAACUAUGUGGAAUUUCUAUAGCACACCAACUGCACUGGCGGACGACACUGGACUUGGACGAGACCGAACUGGACUGCAAGUGCGAGGGGACAUGGGGGGCAUGUUGAGGGCCCAGACUUGAUCAUCUAACACCAGUGGGAAUUCAAUUCAAUUCACUUUUUUUUUUGGGGGGGGGGGGGGGGGGUCUGAAGUGGCGCAUUGCACAGACUUUGGUGAGAUCUCAGAGUUGCACUGGAGGGAGCCUCUGCGGCUCCAGCUGUUAUUGGAUUAGUUUGAAUGGCUUCCCAAAUCCUUGCAAAGACGAUGUGCUAAUGAGUUUGGAAUGUGUGUGUGUGUGUGUGUGAGAGAGAGAGAGACGGAGAGAAAAUGAACUGAUAUAUGCUAGCUUGCUUCUCCCUUAUUGUCUUCAACUGCACUGACUGCUUAUGGAAAUCUUCCUGUAGAUGCUGAUGACAAAUUUAAGUGUCCUGUCACAUCGGAUUGGAAUACAGUGCCCCCCUCCGUACCCCCCACCAAGGUCAGGAGCAUUUUUAAAAUGAUUCUCCUCUCCACAAGCCUGAGCCUGGAUAGUGUUUGAGGCGAUAGGACCCCCCCCCCCUCUCCUCCACUCCACCUCACACACACACACCGUGGGCAGCUCACUGCAAGGUGGCCUCCGCGGGAGUUCAUCCAAAGGUCAUUGCACUUCUCUUCACUGACACACUCGAGGCCACGUUAAAAAAAAAUAAAAUAAAAUGCAAACAAUUUCAAACCCAGCCCAAACAACGGCCCAGCCGUUGAUAAGAAAGCGGUCAGCACUGAGGCGCUUUGUUGGAGGGGGCAGAUGCUUGACCCAAUAUGUGCAUUGACUUGUACAAUCACUCAAGGGAUUCUUAUCAAGUCAUUGGAAGGAACCAAAUUCAAAUGUUUCUUCAAUUUCAAUCACAAUGUAUCCAUCAAUACAUUUUUGAUCCAAAAACCGACCGAAACGAAAGUAAACAAGUAUCGUUUCUAAACAUCUCCGAAAUAAACACUGAUAAAUGAGGAAAAGAGUCAUACAAAAACAAGGAUUGUAAACCUUCCAAAAGGUGAACACUGUAGCUCAUUUUCAAUAACGUGAACUGAAUGAAAUUAUCUUUUGUUCCUCCUACACUACAUAUUUGGAAUAAAUAAGCAUAAGCUACCCUGCCGUUAGGACUCCCAACAUGCUCCUGUGUACAAAGUUGACAUUUUUCUUUUGCCCUCCAAGUGUGUCCAAAGUCUUGCGCUAACAUCGUCAAUGUGAAAUGAGACUACUUUUAUUUGAGACUUUCUUGUAAUCUGAACUGAGGUGUUUUAUUCACUUUGUACAUAUAUACUUACAUACAUAUUUGAUAAGAUUUUUUUUUAAGUAUGAAAUUUUUAUAUUUGGUAUUUUUAGCAUACUAACUUAAUUCCUUGAUCUUGAUUCCAGCUUUGAUUCUCAGAUUUUUUUUAAUUUUUAUUUUAUUGUCACUUAAGUUUGUUUACAGCCUUAAAAAGUUGUGGAAUUGCAGACUUGUUUGAUGCUGCAGGAGGUCUUCUGGAUUCUUUUUUUUAUUAUUAAUGCCUACUUUCAAUUUUUAAUGGGACAGUCACAUUUGUCAAGUGUUUGGGGAGCCAGAAAAAAAAUCUAAUAAAAUAUUUCCAAUAUUUA